AUCAGCUGCUUGGACCAAACGCGGAUCAAUCUGAACUAAAAGAAGCAUGCUUGCACUACCAGCCUCAUACAAACGAGACUGAUCGUUUAGAGAUUAUUAUUUGCACCAACGAACAACAAGAAUAUGCUUGGAAAUAUGGUCACAAUAAUCUUAUUCUUGUUGAUGGAACAUUUGGAAUUAGUAAACAUAAAUUACUACUAUUCAUCAUUAUGAUUAUUGAUGAAAACAAUAAAGGCAUUCCUGUUGCCUUUAUUCUUUUUACGCCACCCCAAAAUAAUCGAUUAACGUCAUCCGGGUAUGAUAGCAAAAUCCUAGAGAAACUUUUUAUAAUAUUUCAUGAUAAAAUUAGUUAUAAUUAUAAUCUAAGCCAAUCUUCUUCAACCUUAAUUACAUUUACUCCCCUUGUUGCAAUGACUGACGCUGAUGUUAAGGAGCGAAAGCCAUUAUUAAAAGUAUGGCCAGGGAUCAUCUUGCUUCUUUGUUAUUUCCAUAUUAGUCAAUGUUGUAAAAAUGAAAUUAAUAAGCAAUUAGGCCGUGGCGGUGGAAAUGUUUUAGAAGAGGCUCGGUCAAUGGAUAGUAGUGAGGAGGUAGUGCGUGAUUACAUUAAAGAAAAACAAGAAUCGUUGAAAGAAAUUUAUAAGUUAGAAAACAUGCCAGAAAAUAAAAAAGUCAUAGAAGGACAGAUAAAUGCUGCAAAAGCUCUUGGAAUCCCUCUAGAAAAACUUCCUACUACAAAUAAUCAUCUUGAGGGAAUGAAUGAAUAUCUAAAAAAUAACAUUAUAUCUAACAUAUUGACAUUACGUAACCUUGCUAUAAGUCUUGAAAAAGAAAAAGCAAAACGACGGAAAGAAUUAAAUAUAAAAGAUCCAUAUGACCGUAAAAUUCUUAUACAAGAAUUUCCACAAGUCGCCUAUUUGUCUCCAAGUGUAAAACGUGAUGAAUCAGCAUGGAGAAUUCUUAAUAUGAACAAAGUAAUAAAGUAUGAAGUAGAAGAAUCAACUGGAAAGAUUUACGUUGAGGUAAAAUCUGAAACUAUGCCGGGGCUUGUCUAUACAACUUGUGUGUAUGGACAACCAACGGAUAUUUACUGUCAGUGCUUUGACUUUCUUCAGAGAGGAAUCAUGUGUAAGCAUCUUCGCGCUGCAGCUCUUUAUAUUGAAGAACUUCGUAACAAAGAGCCUUAUUUGCAUUUAUCCGAAAUGGUUUUUUCCACUUACCAAGAAGUACAAAAUAUUCGGCGCAAUCUAUUUGAUGUUAGCGGUUCAAAUGCUGCUGCUAUUCGUCAACAAGAACUUAGAGAAUUCUUGAAAUCUACCUUAAGAAGUCUCCAAACAUUACAAGAGAAUUUAAUAUUUCUCCAAAAUUUAAUUAAGUCUGAACAAUCAUCAACACAAGAACACUUUAACA